AUGCCACGUCGGCAGUCACUGGCGCACCAGGCGUGCGAGCUCUGUCGUCAGAGAAAGAGAAAGUGCAAUGGAGAUGGCUUGAACCCUUGCAAGGCAUGCCAUGAGAGUGGUGCGCACUGCGUGUAUUUCGCAGCCACCCGUGUCUCCAAAGCCGAUUUGCGCGAGGAGCUGGCCAGGCUGCAGUCGAUAAACUCGGAUAAUAGUACGCUGCUGGAUGCCAUCUCUUCGCGAGAUACGAGUCCCGCCCAGCUCAGCAACAUCUUGCAGAGGCUAUCAGAUGGCCAGUCCCGCGCCGAGGUGGCAGACAUGUUGACGCAACAGCCGGAUAGCCGUGACGGAACCAGCAAGGGCAGUCCGGCAACUUCUGCUCCCACCACUGCAUCGCCCAUGAGCCCCGGAUCCCGUCUGUCCAUUACUCAAGAGAGCUUCAAAAGUUCGGUUCCUUCGGUCAUGACACCGCCAACCGUCAAGUCCCCGUCAGAAACUCAUCUUCAGGCCAACAUUGGCUACUACAGGCAGCAGCUCCCGCAACUCCUCGACGCCAUCCUCGCACGGGACUGCCUUUCCUUCUGCCCCAUCAGCAAGCCAGACUUUGCCCGUGAUUUCGAAUCCGGCUCCGGCGAGCACUUUUCUACCGCUCUGGCAGAUGCCCUCCUUGCCCUGGCAACUCUGUUGGCUCGCGAGCAGAUGGUGGCCAUUAUAGCCUCUCGCCCCAGCAGCGGCGGCGGCGGCGGCGGCGGCGACGAUGAUGUGCGAGAGCAAGACCUCGGGUACUCGUUUGCGCAAGAGGCCAUUGCGGCAUUGUACAACGGAGCUGGCUUACCGCACCGCAUCGCCGAUAUCCAGGCGCUGGGUAUACUGGCGCUCUACUGUCUCGGCUGCGCCAAGAUGAAGGACGGCCUGGGAUUUGCCGGCGAUUUUGGCGCUGCCAUUGCCGAGCAAUGGGGAGCCAAUCAAUUCGAGUCAGUCUUGACUCAUCGCCAGACGCAUGCCAAUAUCUAUUGUGCUGCCGUGUCAUUCAAUAGAUUGCUAUUUUUGAUUCAAGACUAUAACAAAACCAUCGACGAGCUGGCCGUCAAAGUUGGUGUAACCAGGCCUCCUUUCCAAAGUAGCAGCAGCAGCACAGACAGCUCAGGCUCAAAGACAAACCUAUCGGGCACCAUUAUCGAUGAUGCGUUUUUCACGCGUGACCUCAGUCUCCUUCCCAAUAACCCCAAAGUCAUUGCCGCCAAGCUAUUCGAGUUUACAGAAUGGGUGUACAAGGCCCGGUUCAGCCCCGAAAAGACGUUGGAUCAGGCAGUAAAGGUCUAUCAAGACAGUCUGCAGUGGUAUGAAUCCUUCUUUGCCUAUACCAGCAGCUGCACCGCUGAAACACCAUUGAUACUAUUCGGCCACUCACAGUUGGUCAUUAGCACAUGUUAUCAAUUCGGCAUCAUGUGUCUGCUGACACCGUUUGUGCUUGAGGCGGCCGAGAUUGCGUUGGACGGGACGCUUCCCAUGGCCAUCUGCAAGCAAGCAGCCGGGAGCGUUGGGGACUUGAUACAGCACUACAGCAGGCUGUACAAUGACGGGCAGCUCUUGGACUUUAUGCCCUUUUUCAAAACGGCCGCUCUUGCAUUUCUGCAAGUAUGCAAUGCAAAGAUGUCAAUCAGUUGGAUGCAUUUAUUGGACAAAUGUCUCAAGUUGAUAUGGCAUGAUCUCAUAGUUAUGCGAUUCUUUGUCAACGGCUGUGGAGACAGCUGCAGACUUGUGAUGAAUGCAAUUGGAACCUGA